AUGGGCUGCCGAGUGUGCAGGGCGCGAAAGGUCAAAUGCGACGGCAGGCCAAACGGAUGUCGCAACUGCGAGCGCCUCCAGCUCGACUGCGUGGGCGACAACGGCCAGGCCGCCGGCCGCGCCACGCCCAUGGCCCUGCGCAAGAUCCGCACCUAUCGCUCGUGUAAGAGCUGCCGCCUGUCCAAGACCAAGUGCAACGGCGACCGGCCGAAGUGCUCGCGAUGCGCCGCCAAGAAGACCGAGUGCGUCUACGACGGCGGUUCGGCCCCGCGCUGGGCGCGCAACCUCGACCGCGCCUCCAGGACGGCCUCGACCGACGGCAGCCGCAGCAAGUCGCGCGAGCUGCCGUCCUUUAUGCGGCAGCUCGACAAGGGCUUCACCACGGACGAUGAGUCGGCGCUGCUGCACAUCAUCUGUGCUCACGGAGCCAAGUUCUACGUCCUGAAUCAGAACGAGCACGCUUCUCCGUCGGGCUUCAUCCGGCUCGCUGGCAAUGAGUGGGCCAAGAGAGCCGAGCUUCUCAUACUGACCAAUUUUGGCAAGAUCUCUGUUCAGAGACUCAUGGUUGCUAUACUACUUCAUGACUUCCACUUCCGGCUAGGGGAAUACUCUCGCGCCUUGAUGCUCAGUGGCCUCGCUGUUCGCAUGGCUCAUGCCUUGAAGAUCAAUGUCGAAGCGUCACCCGACGUCCUCUGCACCGAAUCCAACGACUCCGCCCCGUCCGUCGUCACCAGGGAGAGCCGCCGAAGACUCAUGUGGGCGUGCUAUGUUCUCGAUGCGUGGGCCGGCAGUGGCAUCGACCAGUUGACUCUCCUUCGUGAGAAUGACAUCAAGAUCCAGCUGCCCUGCAACGAGAGGAAUUUUGGCCUGCGGAUACCAUCAGUGACGGAAACGCUCGGCGUCGGCCAUGUCCUGCAGUUCUUGCCGCCGUCUGUGGUGCCGAGAAAACCAUCGGCGAACAUGGGUAUCAUGGCAUACUACAUUCGAGUAGUGGCCCUCUGGAAGCGGAUUGUGAGAUACGUGAAUCAGUUAGACUCCAGCCCUCCGCCCUGGCUGCCCGACUCGCCAUUUGCCGCUCUCGACGCCGAUCUCCGCCUGUGGCAGAGGGAACUCCCGGAAUUUGUAGAAUACUCCAUGGAAACCAUUUACGCGCGCCUAGACUCCAAUCAACUGGGAGCACUCGUCCUGAUACACUGCACCUAUCAUCACAACUACCUGGAGCUCUACAAGCUAUCCAUGCCAGAUCUGUUCAAGCUUCCGAAGCCUCUGUCCGUCCCGCCGGAGCACCACGACUUUCUUCAAUCCGCACAGGCCAGCUGCUACCAUCAUGCGCAGCAGAUAGCCGACAUCCUGGCCGAGGCGGCCGACCAUGGGGCCCACCUGCUAUCGGACAGCUUACUCCCAUAUUUUGUGUACGACAGCAGCAGAGUGAUGCUGUACUAUGUGGCCCGUUUGCUUGACCCAAACAGACCCGACGCCCAAUCAAAGCUGGACGAUGCCAUCAACGCUGUUGAGAGCAACCGUCGGGUUCUCCGGAUGAUGUCUGCCUUGUUCCCGAUCGCGCAAUCCCUGUCGAAUACGAUUGAUCGAUGGCUUACCAAGAUUCGGCAAAGCUCCAAUCGGGAUGACAUGCUGAGCAGGAUGCUCUCCGAAGCCCGGUCUGAAACCAAUGAUGUCGAACAGGCACGCCAGACUACAUGCUCCCGUCAAUUUCUCUUCACUCGCUCGCCCGGACUGGAAUUGCAACGAGGCGGGCCGCUGAUCGGGCAAGCGGCCCCGGGCGGCGGUGCAUGGGAUCGCAACAACGCGGCGCAGCAGCUGGUUGGUCUGAGUCAAGACGGCUUGGCCUCGUCGCGAUCCGGGCUCCAGCACGAGCAACCAGUGCCCACGGCCCUUCCGCAACCGCCCCCGGCUUACUCCAAAUGGGGCGGCGGCCCGGUCCAGCCGAUGUGUGAGGCGCUGGAUCUGGAUGACUUGCAAAACUUUUUAUCGUGGGAUAUGUACGGGAUCAUGGAUAUGGGCGAUCCGGUUCCGGACGAUGGUGCGGAUGACAUGGCGAUGCGGUCGUGGUCUGGGUCCAGCGAUGCGAUAUAACGGCGUCGCGACAAACGUAUAUGUGGGCAUGGGAGUUUCUUCUUUUACUUCUGUUUUUUCCUGCAGAAAGAUACCUCUGGUCAUUGUUUUGAUGGGGCCAAUAGUCGCUUUACAGAUACUUACGUGGGACAAGGUGUACAAAGUCAAGGCCCUGGCGGAAUUUGGCUUGGACCGCUUCGUCGCC